UUGGUUACACCCUAGGGUUUAUUCAAGUUGACUUGACAGUUGAAUCCGUUAUUAAUCCAACUUUGUUUAUGGUUAUAGCAUCAAAAGCUAACUAUAACCUACUUUUGGAUCGUGAAUGGAUACACGACAUAGGGGGAGUCGAUUCUUCUAAAGAAUUUUGAUUUGGCGAGAGGACGAAAUAGUGGAAAAUAUUGAGACUGACCAAAGUUAUUUUAUCGCGGAAGUUGACCAUGUCACGUAACUUCGACAUGAAUUUAGCAAACAUAGCACCUUGCAGCCCGGCUGAUUUUGCAUACUUGCCUUCAGACAAGGCAUUUUAUUCUCUCUAUUUGUAUCCAACCCAUGACUUUUGAUGGGAUAGAGAGAUCAUGGGAGAGGAAGAUGAAGUUGGAGGGGUGCCAGGACUCCAACCAACUGAUAGACAGUUAUUAUGCCUGAAUCCAUCAUUUUGCAAUGAAUGAAACAAAAGUGCAUCUUAAGGGGGCUGACGUCAAUUUAGAACCUGAACCACCUGAUAAGUUACCGGUUGAUGUAAGGCCAGAGGCUAAUUUUCUUUGGCAAUGCUGCCUAACCUAUUUGAGCUAAGGUAAAACAGACAUAGAACGCAAUCGGCACCGACUACCUACCAUCUUUUUCCGCUACUAACAUCCAAACAGCGAUAAACCCAUCUCAUGAAAUGCCACCAAAACCUUUCAACUUUCCCGCCAAACGUACCGCAGCCAUUUUCCUUCUAACCACAACUGCAGCCGCUGCAUUUACUGCCAACUCCGACGAGUCCUCCCCUCUCGCCGCCGACAAAAUCAGAGCUCAAAUUCACGGCAUCGCGCGCACCGCUCGUGCCGUCUCCACGGUUGCUUCCACUGUCGUUGACUACGAAUUCUCGCUCCGCGGCCUCCCAAAGUACUCAGAUCAGUAUCGUAAAACGAGUUCACAGGUUCAUCUACGUUCUGCGGAGAGGUUUCUCAAGUUAUGCGAAUCCAACAAAGGGUUUUAUGUGAAAGCUGGGCAGUUCAUUGCUUCCCAAAAAGUGCUUCCGAGAGAGUACUCUUCUACUUUGUCUUCGUUACAGGACCAGGUUGCUCCUCUUCCUUUUAAAGUCAUUGAGAAAGUGCUAAAGGAUAAUCUCGGACCUGACUUCUCUGAGAAGUUUUUGUCCAUUGAUGAACGACCUAUAGGCGCUGCAUCUAUUGCUCAAGUUCACCAUGCUGUACUAAAAAGUGGUCAAGAAGUAGCAAUCAAGGUGCAAUAUCCUUGGAUAGAGCAGCAGAUGCAUUUUGAUACAAGAACAAUGUAUUUCCUAUCAAAAGUUAUUGCAUGGCUAUACCCUCAAUACAGGUUUGAGUGGCUACCAUUAACAUUUGCCAAAUCUGUCUCUUCAGAACUUGAUUUUGUUCAGGAGGCAAGGAAUUCUGAGAGAGCUGCCAAAAAUUUCAGAAACAACAAAAUUGUCAGAAUUCCUAAUGUAUUCUGGGAGUUGACAACAAGGCAAGUCCUAACAAUGGAGUUUUAUGCAGGACACAAGAUUGAUGACUUGGAUUUUCUGAGUGAGAUUGGAGUUGAUCCAGAAAAGGUAGCAAAAUCAUUGAUUGAGCUGUUCGCUGAAAUGAUAUUUGUGCAUGGUUACAUACAUGGUGAUCCACAUCCUGGUAAUAUAUUAGUUUCUCCUGAAGGCCGUAAUGGUUUUUCCCUGGUUCUUCUAGAUCAUGCAGUUUACAGGGAAUUGGAUGAAGAAUUUAGAAAAGACUUUUGUCAGUUAUGGGAAGCUUUGGCUCUCAAGGACUCAAAGAAAACAAUGUGGCUUGGCGAGCGAUUUGGUGCUGGGAAGUAUUCUCGAUACUUGCCUAUCAUUUUCACCGGAACAACUAUAGAAAGCAAAUAUUCUUCUGGAAUGUCAAUCAAGGAAAAAGAGACUAUGAAACACGAAUUGAAAUCUCUGAUGUUUGAGGACCUAUCUUUGUUCAUGGAGUCUAUGCCACCAGAUUUUAUUGCUAUAUUGCGUGUAGAUGCACUCCUAAGGUCUACCAUUAGAAAGAUGGAUGUCUCACGGCUCAUCAGAUUGCUAACUUACACCAAAUUUGCAGUAUAUGGACGUCUCCGUCUAAAAUUUGAUGGUGAAUUGUGUAAAAUGCCCGAAAUGAAUGUUUAUUUUGCUGUGAAAGCUGUUUUCUUAAAUUUCAUAUCAACAUUAAAAUAUUUUCACAUCCUAACCAAGAUCCUUAUUGGGGCCAUCGAAAGUACCCCUUGGCAACAAAAAGUGAAGAAUGUACAGAAUUACUUGUAUCACAAGAUUGGUAGUAGUGACUUAUGGAGCAUUCUAGUCCAUUCUGUCUUUCUUCUUUUUUGUAUGCGUCCAGCGUCCUAAUGCUUUGUUCUGAACAUUGAAUUCUGUAUAGCUUUGUUUUGAACAUUGAAUUCUGAUGGUAUACAAGCUCCAUCCUGAUUCCUGAUGCAGCUUGCCAAAAAAAAAACAGGUUUCCAUCUUUGGAUGCAUUCCAAAAGCAAGUUUAUAUUACCUUUAGAAGAACUCAUUUUCUGUCAAAUGUUACAAACCGGGUAAACUAAGUUAUCGAAUUAAAAAGUCAAACUGUCAAAUGAUACAAGUUACAUAUUUUGUAUGCCAAAGUCACAUUGAAGCUUCUAGCAUUAAGUUUAUAAUUUAACUUUA